AUGACCAGGAAGAAAGGUCGAGCAUUUGACGGAUGUUGGACUUGCAGGCAAAGAAAAGUCAAAUGUGAUCUAACAAAACCACAAUGUACACGAUGUAUUAAAUCAAAUAGAGUUUGUCAAGGAUAUGAAAUUAGAUUAGGUUGGUCAUUACCAAUGAGUUAUUCAAAAAAUGAUAAUUCGCUUAUUUAUUUGAAAAUUAAGGGUUAUGAAGAAAAUUUAGAUAAUUUCCAGAGAAGAAAUGUUGAUUUUGUAAAAUAUCCAAAAAAUAUGAUUUAUGAAACUUAUUAUGAAUUAAAUCAAGUAUUGGGAAAAUUUGAUGACUGUAAACUGGAUUUUACUGCCGGUCCAUUUAGUUGCAUGAAAAUGCUUAAUAAUACAACUGAAGAUAAUGAUGACGACGAGGUGGAGGUGGAGGUGGAGAAUAUUACUGAAGUUGAAGUGAAUCUGACGUCCACGCGGAGAAAGAACAAUAAAAGAAUUAGUAAUGGUUCUGGAUCAGCAAUUGGAUCGACAUCGCCAAAUAAGCGAACGCGUCAUGCCAAGGACCCCGGAGAAGACGGAGAGUUAUCCGUCAGUAUUAAUCAGCCUGGCAAUGUUAUUAUUGAAAGAAGUGAAUCUAUAGAUGAUUAUACUGUUGAUAAACACCUUAGUGAAUUGUUGGAUUUUGCUAAAUUGACAAUUAUUGGAAUUAAGGGACCAAAUUAUGAAAUAAACCAUCAAACAAUUUAUCAUAUUUUCAAUCCUGAAUUUUUCCCCAAUGUUGAUUCUGAUGAUGAUUGGGUUAUUGAAGCAAAGUACAAUCUAAGUAAACUUUGGAUUAUUCAGAAUGGAUCAAUUCAACUAACUCCAUUGUUUCAAAAGUUAUUAACCAAUUUCAAAAGUGAAUAUAUUAGUUUUAAUAGAAUGGGUUAUCAGAAUAGUUAUAUUGAUUUAUUCAUUAUGCCUUUUAUCAAGCAAAUAUUUGGAGAAUUCAUUUGUUGGGAUCAUACUACUUGGGAUUUUGAAUUUGAAAAUUUAGAUCUUGAUGACCAAGCUUCCACUGAUGGGAUUAUAAAAAAUAUCAAACUAGUUAUAGUAUAUUUGACAUUAUCAAUCUCAUCUUUCCAUUUAUCUAAACCAAUUACAAGUAAUUCUGAUUUCAAACUUGAUGAAUAUCUAACAUUGGCUUUGUAUUUUCGAAAAUUGGGGAUUUUCUUAUUGAAUCAUCAUUUAGAUGAAGCAGAUACUAUUAUUGAAUUACUUAAAGAUGAUGAUUCAAAUCUUGAGUUAUACAAUUGUUGUCUAUUACUAUCACUUGUAUUGCAGAUAGAAAUUAAUAAUAGCAUACAAGUCUUUGAAGAUUUUGAAUUGAUUUAUGCAAUUGGAGAUUUCGUGAUUAAUAGUAUUCGUAAUUCCAAGCACAAAUCCUCCAAUUUAUUGAAACUACUAAUUAAUAUGGUUAAAAUUUUGGCUACUUUUUAUAAAAGUACCCAAGCUAUUAAUAUGUUUAACUAUCAAAUGGUCAGAAAAUACGAUGAUGAUGAGGAGGAGGAGGAUGAAGGAGGAAUGCGUGGAAGAACACAAGACUCAGAUUCAGAGUUAUUGGAUUCUGAAGAUGAGGAUGAUGAGGAUGAUGAUGAUAAUGGGUAUAUGAAACCUGCAAUUAAGAAUUUAAUCAUAUCUACUGAACCAACAUCAGAAUCAAUGUCAUAUACAGUUAGUUUCAACAGUAACGCCUCAACUAAAUCCCGACAAAAUUCACGUACAGUUCCACGUCCACCAGAAUCACCAAUCAAAGACAAAAGUUUGUUUAUUCCCAAUGACAAAUUCACAUAUAAUUUAGAUAUCAAUCAUAUUUAUCAAAUGUAUGGAAUUCCUAGGUCACUAUUAAACUUAUUUGAUGAAAUCAUUCAUUUAACAAAUCACAAGAAUAUAUAUACCAUGAGACAAUCAUUUCCAAGAAAUUUCCCUAAAAUAUGUACUGAUUUUGAAGAUAGAUUGGUUAAUUGGACAAUUGAACAAGAUUCACAAUGGCAACUAUCAUCAAAUAAUUCAAAUCAUGAAUUAUUAAGAUUGAAUAUAACUAGUUUCCAUUUAGCAUUAAUUGCAUAUUAUAAUCAAUUAUUGAAAAAAUUUACAAAAUUAAAAGAUUAUCAACAUGUAAUCAACUCAAGUCUUGAGAAUUAUUUAAAAUUAUUACAAUUUAAAUCAAAUAAUAAUAAAAUAAAACCAUUGAUUUGGAAUUUAUUAAUCUUGGGCUCGUGUACAAUAGAUCCUAAUGUGAUGACGAAAAUCAAUCAAUUAUGUACUGAUAUGAAUCAAUGGAGAUGUAAACAAAUUUUGUUUGAAAUUUGGAAUAAAAGGGAAAAAGAUUCUCCUGAUAUUGAUGAAUCAUUAGGAUUUAUGAGUAUGAUUAGAGAAUAUGGAAUUGUUUUAAAUUUAGGUUAA